ACGCCCGAAAUAAAAGGAGACAGACCUGACCUGUUACUGGGAAAUUAGUUAUGGUAAUGAUCUAGUUUGAUCCCAAUCUUCGCCAUGUUCGGAUCUGCUAAUUUAUGUACGUAAAAGUGACGACCGUACAAUAGGCCUCGCGAGAUCGUAACUUCAUUUUCAUUAAAAUAAAACCGAAAAUAACAUCGUGGUGAAAUUGUAUCAGUGUACAUCGAGUGAUAAAAUAGUGAAUCAUCCUAAUUACAAUCACCUUCAUCAUUUCUAUUCGAACAUGAAACUUAUCGGAAGUUCAAUGACGCUUAAUUUCUGAUUUGACGAGAGUUUAAUGUCCGUGUAUUCGAAAAGUUUUUCAUUUCUUCCUCCUCCAAUUUCAUCUUACAAAUUUUACAAGUUUUGUAAUUAAUAGAAAUUCAUAUAUUGAUUGAUCCCAUGAAAUUUGAUCAAAACGUUUGGAGCUUUGCUCCAAAGUUGCCGAUCAAACUUCGAUGUAAUAUGUAAAGCCCUUCAGACACGCGUUUAGCGCAACAACUCGCGUAUUGUCUUUUCUAAUCUGAAAUCUUCAAUUUGUUACAAUUAAAGUGAGUGAAGUGACGUAACGACAGGUACAAAAGCGAGAAUGACGUCAUUCGCUUAUAGAACGAACGAUGCCUUAUACUCUAUUGUAUUUACGUUGACUAUUUCUUUGUGCUUUGGUACGUCAUCGCGGGAAAGACAUAUCAUUUCACUUGGGUAUCUAGAACGAAAUUAUAUCCAUAUUGUGGACAGAGGAGUCUACAGAGGAUUUUUGGAUUCCUCCAGAAACCAACCAAUGAAAAUGUCAAAACGUAAAUUUCAGAUUCAAGAUGACGACGCAAUUGUCGAUUAUUUGACGCCGUCAACACCGCGUGACGGAAAACGUGCCCGAAAAACUAGCGAUGUGAUCGAUUGCGUUCGUGAUCAUGAUUUCACACCGUCCGGACUUUCGACCCCCCAGCAAGAGAAACCGUCUCAUCUUGAUUUGGUCUCUCCAGAUCAGGGCUACGGGGACACACCAGGUCAAGAUACAAGAAUGAUUCCAGAAUGGAUGCACAGGAGAUCGGAUCACAUCGACGCGACACCACGCGCUGCAGUAAACGAGGAUUACCAAGUCCCGAUCGGAACCCCGAAGGGAAUAACAGCCGCAAUGCCGGUUACAAAAGAUUCGGACAGAUAUAACAUGAACCACCCAAAGAGAGGGAAAUGUAUCGUGUUCAACCACGAGACCUUCGAGCCGGGAUUUUCUAAACGGGAAGGGUCCGGUGUUGAUGCUAAGAAAAUUGAAACUUCGUUCAAAAAAUUAGGAUUCCAAGUCGUCGUCCACGAUAACCUCGAGCACAGCGAUUUACUCGACGAAAUAAAGAAAUUAAGCGGAGCGGAUCACACUGACAACGAUUGCGUCUGUGUUUUCGUACUGACUCAUGGAUUGAACAAUGACUUCCUCAUGGCUAAAGAUGUUGCCUAUCGCGCGGACAAGAUAUGGAAACCCUUUACCGCUGAUAAUUGUCCGACCCUUGCCGGGAAGCCGAAAUUAUUCUUCUUUCAGGCUUGCAGGGGCGACCGAUUAGACGGUGGUGUUACGUUGGCGGCACGAUCCGGUAUUACGCAGACUGAUUCCGCGACAUCUUCGUACAAAAUUCCAACACACGCUGAUUUUCUUAUCGCUCACAGUUCGGUAGAAGGUUUUUUCUCAUGGCGUAAUCCCGAGGAGGGGACGUGGUAUGUGCAGUGUUUAUGUUCGGUGUUAGAUCAGUAUGCGGCUACGACUGACCUAUCGAGGAUGUUGACCAUCACCGCGAGAAAGGUAGCCACUGAUUUUGAAUCAUACGACGAUCUGGAUCGGGCAAAAAAUGAACAGAAACAGGUCCCCUCGACCACCUCCAUGUUGAUCAGGGAGUUGUAUUUUACCCCGAAAUAAUGGCCGAGUGAUGAUCAUUAGAGAUGAUCCGGUGAUAGUGAGAGUGAGUGCACUGAAUGUAGUUGCCACCUAAGCGAAUCUAAACUUAAAAUUGACGGGAAUGUAUUCCUUAGCGAGUAUUCCGAAUCCAAGAAUACAGUCAGUCUGCAAGUUUGGAGGAUCAGGAUUUGAAUGUGGUAAUGAUGCGGAUAUCAGAAAUGACAUGAUAAUAACAAUCAUUCCAAAUUUGCCUCACAUCGAUCGAUCAAGGUGACAUAGUUCUCAUCUUCAAUUUCAAAACUACGCACAUUCGUUAUACCUUACUUCGGAAAAUCUAUGACUAAAAUUUUAUUUUUAUUUAUUUUUUUUUCUACCCUCUGUUCUUUGUUUAUGAUCCUUCGAUCGUAUCGAUGCUCCAUCCACGAAGCAAAUGUUCUUUCUACUUAUCUGUUAUUAGGUUUGCAUUUUGUGUCAACUAACUCGACGGUUGAUCUAGUUCUAGUGUUAAGUUAAAACGUUAAUUAUUGAUUUAGGUGCCAAAUAUGAUCAGUCUUACAGCAUUGCCAUUAAUUCUUUAGAUUCAGUCCGUUGAUCUGCGAUUAUAAUAGAAUAAUCAGUGAGUUAUGAUUUAUUUUAUUUUUUUUUUCUUACGUCGGACGAAACAUGAGUGACGAGUUUGAAUUUGAACGUGCGUUCAACAGGGUUGAGGCAGUGCUAAGUAUUACCGUACUUGACGCGAGCAACGCAUAACGUACGUACAAUUAGUGCCUGAUUAAUCGAGUCAUGUUAGUUUUAUUGCUGAAAAUUGUUCAUCAAACUACUCGUAUGUAUGCAUAAUGACUUGACUUGUACGUCCUUGAGGUUGCUUGUAUUGUAAUUAGAAAAAAGAGCGGACGAACAGAUAAUGAGAGUUUUGGUUUCGUUAGAAUUGUAAAAUACAUCAACGAUUGAUACAAGUAAAUUACACGAUCAUAAGUAUGUAUGAAUAUUUAGCUGAAACGCUUACUACGUCAAUGUUUAUUGCAGUAUGGAUGUAACGACGAGAGCAAUCUAUACACACGUAUUUUGAGGUAUUGUGAUAAUUGAACUUGUUAUAUUAUACGUAGGGAAUUAUGUACACUUGUUUAUGAGUCGACUGAGUAUAUAUCAUAGAUUAUAUUUAGCGAUCAGUCGAAUCGGUGAAUCAUUAUUCUUAUUACAACAUUCAUUCGUUCACUUUAGGGUUACAGGGAGACACUGAAAUUCGAUUUUGAGUCAACAUGUGGAUAGACUCGAAAGAAAAACGCACUUUACGGAAAAUGACAAUGAUCCUAGUUACUUGUUAUAAAUACAUACUAAAUUAUAUAGAAAUUUACAUA